UUCCCCAUUGAUUUCUGUACGUUUUAAGCAAAAUAAAAAAGUUAUUUUUAGCUUUGUUUUUUUUUUUGAGUUUAAAUAUAAUUUUUGAUCAGGAUGUGGCCCAAAAGUCCACGCAUUCGUCAGGGCAACCAGGCUGGCUUGACUAAAGGUGCUCAAAAGGGAUCACCCAGAGCACUCUACUCGAAAACGCUUAUUGCCGGCCAGGCGAAACGUCGCAUCUUGGGGCAGCGAAACGUGAAGAAGGAUAAUGUCUUUGCAGACAAGGAGAACAGCCAGCAGCUGCUGAACAAAAUACCCAAGGCAGUGCUACUGACACCCUCGUCCUCGGACAACUCUUUGACCACCACUGUGUCCAGUUCGGGGCAGACCAACUACACGGUAAUGCCCAAGACCAGUCUGCUACGGGAGCCCACAUCCCUGACCCCAUACUUAACCCUCAAGCGCCAGCAGACUUCGGCCUUGAUUAAUUUUCGCGUCCGCAAGUCUUGCUCCCAAAUGGACUUCAAGGAGGCUCGUCGCACAGGGAACUAUCAGCUGGUUGCUCACGUCGCCUCGCCCACUAAAUCUGUUCAGGAGCAGCCGCAGGAAAGUGCUGCCAUGUCAGGAUUGGAGGGCAACAUGGCCAAGUUGGUGCUCCAGGACAGCGCUCUUAUUGAGGGCCAAAUGAGCUUUGUGGUUGGUCCAGAACAGGAUGCCCGAGUGGCCAGCCUGAGAAUCUUUAACACCAUUAUGCUGCACGCAUGGCGCCGGAGGCGAGAGGAGGUUCGUCAUCUCACCGACCAGGUGGAGGACUACAAGAAAAGCGUCGUCAAGAAUCGCAACCAGUUGCAUGUCUACAAUUCGCUUUUUUCCGUGGAGAAGCGUCGCAAUGAGACCUUAAACGAUCAACUAAGGCAAUCCUAUCGUGAAAAUGCCCAGACGAAGCUCUCCUACGAGGAUCUAAGUCUAAUUCUGGUGCAGAUCAGGACAGAGAAGGAGAAACUGGCGGAGGAGUUGGCCGGCAAAGACCAGGACGUCGCGAAUCUACUAGAGGUGCAGCAGUCCCUUAAGAGCGAUCUCUUUAAGGUAAAUACGCAGCAACGGGAGCAGCUCGAGCAGUUGACCCGCCUGCAACGCGAUUACCAGGAGAGCCAGUCCGCUCAGGAUGAGCUCGUUCGCCAACUGGAUCUCCUUCAGAUCGACCUGGUUCUCAAGCGGGACUUUAUCAAUCAGCUAAGGGAAAACAUGUCCAAGCUGGAGGAUCUCAAGCGGGGAUCUGAUGAGCAGUACAGCAAACUGCUGGAACAAACUUUAAAGAUGGAGCGUUCGAUUGAGGAAAAGGAGGAGCAAUUGGUCACCCUCCAAAACUGUUUGGCCGCCACCCUUGGUCAAAGGAUUCGGCAGUGCUUCGCCCAGAGUCAGGCCUACCAGCAUGCCACCUAUCGCAUGCUGCACUUUGUGGCCCACUAUAUGCUACCCGGUACUCCACCUCCAGCUCCACCUUCUCUUCCAGGUGCGGUUUACCGAUUAAAGAGUCUCUUUUCACGGGGCUCACAAAAUUGUUUAGACGAAGGUGGGGACUACGCAAAAGUUAUGGAGGAGAUCGAUAAAGAUCUGGAACAAGAAAGUUCCAGCAAAUAGGUACUUCAAUUUCAUAGUUUUUUUUAUUCGUUUAUAAUUCCAAUUGUUUCGGUUUUCACUAUGUUCUCUUAUGGUUAAUAUUGUUACUUAAAUCUUUGUUGAGGGUAUUGUCUA